AAUGAUCUUGUAAUAUAAUUCGGGGAACGCGCCACUAGUGAUAUAUAGGUAAUAAACAAAUGUAGAUUCAGAUUGAUGAUGGAAAGCAGGAGGAGAGAGAGUGGGUUGGAAUGUAAAGUUCUCAGUAACAAAAGAAGGUUGGCAAACUCAGUGCACAAAAAUGUGAAAUAAUACUAUAAACAAUCAAUAUUCAAUAUUAAUUAAUACCAAUGAUUUCACUUCUUCUUCUUUCCACUCUCUUCUGCAAAUCGCAAUAAAAUUUUCGCGGCAAAAUUUUUCUAUUUUCCUCAUUUUUUCAAUUUCUCAAUGGGAUUGUCGCGAAACGCGUCGUCGCAGCCGGAGAUCGACGACGCCGGCAACGACAUUGGAUUCCACUCCACCCGAGGCCGAUUCGCCUUCAAGCGGAACCCUAGCCACCACCGCCACAGGCUCUCUUCCGAUCGCCAAUUUCCUCGCUUCGCCAACACCAACGCCAACGCCCGAUCUCACGUCCACAGUCGCUUCAAUCGCAAGGGCUUCCUCUCUCUCUUCCCUUUCUUCAAGGCAAAGUCCGGAUUCUACGCCAUGCUCAUCGCCGUCGUCUUCCUCUUCGCUCUCGCCUCCAUGGUCAUGCAGAACUCCAUCACCUCCGUCUUCCGGCAACGCUCCGAGCGCGGGAGGUACCUACGUCAAGGCCUCAAGUUCGGCACCACGCUCAAGUUCGUCCCCGGAAAGGCUUCCCAGAGGUUCCUCUCCGGUCACGGCCUCGAUCGCCUUCGCUCCCAGCCAAGGAUUGGUAUUCGCGCGCCAAGGAUAGCUCUCAUUUUGGGGCACAUGAUGAUAGAUCCCCAGACACUGAUGUUGGUUACUGUGAUUCGGAAUCUACAGAAGUUGGGUUAUGUUUUUAAGAUAUUUGCAGUACGGCAUGGGAAGGCCCACUCAAUAUGGGAAAACGUAGGUGGUGGUCUCUCUCCUUUGAAUACAGAGCAGCAAGGCCUGAUUGAUUGGUCAAUUUUUGAAGGCAUCAUUGUUGACUCCAUGGAAGCAAAAGAAGCCAUUUCUAGCCUUAUGCAGGAGCCUUUUUGUUCAGUACCAUUGAUAUGGAUUAUUCAAGAAGAUAGCCUUGCAAGUCGUCUACCAGUUUAUGAACAGAUGGGUUGGGAGCAUAUUGUUUCUCAUUGGAGAAGUGCUUUUAGCAGAGCCAGUGUUGUUGUCUUUCCAGAUUUUACUUACCCGAUGUUAUAUGGUGCGCUUGACACUGGAAACUUCUUUGUGAUUCCUGGAUCACCGGUAGAUGUGUGGGCUGCAGAAAGCUAUGGUAAGACCCACACAAAGGAUCAGCUAAGAGAACUUAGUGGAUUUGGUAAAAAUGAUAUGGUGGUUCUUGUUGUUGGGAGCUCAGUAUUCUAUGAUGACCUAUCUUGGGACUAUGCUGUUGCAAUGCACUCCAUAGGGCCUCUGCUGACAAGAUAUGCGAGGAGGAAUGAUGCAGCUGAGUCAUUUAAAUUUGUCUUCUUGUGUGGCAAUUCUACUGAUGGCUAUGAUGAUGCUUUACAGGAAGUUGCUUCACGUUUGGGACUUUCUCCUGGUUCUAUAAGGCAUUAUGGCUUGAAUGGUGAUGUGAAUGGUGUGCUACAAAUGGCUGAUAUCAUCCUAUAUGGUUCUGCUCAAGAUGUGCAGGGUUUUCCUCCAUUAUUAAUUAGAGCAAUGGCUUUUGAAAUUCCAGUCAUUGCACCUGAUUUUCCUGUGUUAAAAAAAUAUAUUGUGGAUGGAGUUCAUGGAAUAUUUUUUUCUAAACACAAUCCUGAAGCUUUGAUGAAUGCUUUUUCACUUUUGCUUUCAAAUGGAAGACUUUCUAAAUUUGCUCAAGCAAUUGGAUCAUCUGGAAGACAGCUUGCUAAAAAUGUACUGGCUUUGGAUUGUAUAACUGGCUAUGCAAGACUUCUGGAGAAUGUUCUCAGUUUUCCCUCAGAUGCUUUCCUGCCAGGUCCUCUUUCUCAGAUUCAACAGGGGUCAUGGGAAUGGAAUUUGUUCCAGAAUGAAUUAGACCUACACAUUGACUUGCCUAAGAUGGAUGACAUUUUUUCCAAUGGAAAAGCUUCCAUUGUGUAUGCUGUUGAGCGGGAGUUGGCAAGUGUUAAUUAUUCAACCAGCACUUUUGAGAAUGGAACAGAGGUUCCAUUGCUAAAUGAACUAACCACAUUGGAUUGGGACAUUUUGAGAGAAAUUGAAAUAUCUGAAGAGAAUGAAAUGUUUGAAACAGAAGAGGUUGAAGAGAGGAUGGAGAAAGAUGUUGGUAUAUGGGAUGAUAUAUAUCGUAAUGCUAGAAAAUCUGAGAAAAUGAAGUUUGAAGCCAAUGAGAGGGAUGAAGGGGAACUUGAGAGAACAGGACAAUCUGUGUGCAUUUAUGAAAUAUAUGAUGGUGCUGGAUCGUGGCCAUUUUUGCACCAUGGUUCUCUGUAUCGUGGGUUAAGCAUUUCUAGAAGAGCACAGAGACAAAGUUCUGAUGAUGUGGAUGCAGUUGGCCGUUUGCCUAUUUUGAAUGACACGUAUUAUCGGGACAUUCUCUGUGAAAUGGGAGGAAUGUUUGCAAUUGCAAACAGGGUUGAUAGCGUUCACGGGAGGCCUUGGAUUGGGUUUCAAUCAUGGCGUGCUGCUGGUAGGCAGGUAGCAUUGUCACCUGAAGCUGAAAAGGUCUUGGAAGAGAGAAUGCAAGAGAAUUUUAGAGGAGAUAUAAUUUAUUUUUGGGGGCGCAUGGACAUGGUUAGGAGUAUCGUAGGAAGCAAUAAUGCACUUACUUUUUGGUCCAUGUGUGACAUCUUAAAUGGAGGCAACUGCAGAACUGUUUUUCAAGAUGGUUUCCGCCAGAUGUAUUCGUUGCCUCCGCAUGCAGAAGCACUACCUCCCAUGCCUGAAGAUGGAGGUUAUUGGUCAGCACUGCACAGUUGGGUGAUGCCAACCCCUUCUUUCUUGGAGUUCAUAAUGUUCUCUCGGAUGUUCGUAGAUUCCGUUGAUGCAUUGCACAGAGACUCCAGUAAAUAUGGCAUGUGCUUGCUAGGGUCUUCAGAGAUUGAGAAGAAGCACUGUUACUGCCGAGUGUUGGAACUUCUCAUCAACGUAUGGGCUUAUCACAGUGCACGAAAGAUGGUAUACAUAAAUCCCAACACUGGUUCUAUGGAAGAGCAGCACCCAUUUGAACAACGGAAGGGUUUUAUGUGGGCAAAAUACUUUAAUUUCACAUUGUUGAAAAGUAUGGACGAAGAUCUAGCCGAGGCUGCAGAUGAUGGUGACCAUCCAAGGGAAAUGUGGUUGUGGCCAAUGACAGGGGAGGUGCACUGGCACGGAAUUUAUGAAAGGGAGAGGGAAGAAAGGUACAGGCUAAAAAUGGAUAAAAAAAGAAAAACAAAAGAAAAAUUAUUUGAAAGAAUGAAGUAUGGUUACAAGCAGAAAUCACUUGGACGAUAAGAAAUCCUGGACUUGAAAGUUGCAUAGCCAAACACUUUCUGAACCCAAUUUUGCUUCACUCGGGAAAAUUGUCUUGCGAAUUGGAGAAGCUUUGAUUCUAACAAAUUGGCACAGAUCAUAGGGAAUGUAUUGUUUCUUUCUUCAUUAACUGAAUACGCAUACUGAACCCUCGGUCUCCGAAAUAGGGUGAGACAGAGAGCAAAAGGAGUUUCCCAUCUUCUGCUGUUCAUUAGUUUAACGGCCUUUUUUGGUGGUCAAUUAUAGCAGCAGCAUAGAAGAUGCAGGGAGUUCGACUUCGAAGUGUACUCAUAGUCUAUAGAAAUUCAUCCAUCAAUUACAUUUGAUUAGCAUAAAUAUGUAUUCAUUCAUUACUGUAUAUUUGUUAAACGUUAGUGGCAAUUUUGAGUAGAAUAAUGGCUGGUUUUCACAUG